AGUUUCGUUUGCAUAAAAAAAUCAUAUGUUUCUUGCUGGAAAAUAGACUGGAAAAGCCAUGGAAAAGCUUAUCGGCAUGCAUGGAUGGAAACAAGUUGCCGCACGUGAAAAUUGUGAUUGAAGUUAUGAUCAAUCAAUUCAGUAAGGAAGUAGUAUGGUUGAAAUCACCGCUCUUGUAGUUAAUUUAAUUCCGGUCGCGAAUAAUUUCAUCUACUUGCAUUCCAAGUUAUUGAACAGAUUUCGAAAUGCCUCUAAUCCUUCGGGAUGUGUUGAAAUUAAACACGACAAAAGGCUGUGUUACGGUUCGUGUUACGCCACUCCGUACAAUGUAAAUGGUGAAAAUGCAUUCAACAUCAGUGCAGCUUUUGCAAAAUCUCUAUCUCUUGAAGAAAGCUCUACCGUCAUAGUUUCUUCGGUGGAAGCGAAGUCAUUGAAAUUCUUGCACGUCACACCGUUCAGCUCCGAUGAUUGGGAAAUUUUGGAAAAUAGCGCCGAUACGAUUCAAAACAGCUUACUGAACCAAAUCCGCGUGGUGGGUGUUCACCAAAAUUUGACGGUAUGGGUUUCGAAGUCUAUUUCGGUGAUGAUACAUAUCGAUCAGUUAAGUGAAGAUAACGCCUACGGUGUAUUAGAGAAUUUCACCGAAGUAAUCGUGUCCACUGAAGUGAGACCGUGUACAUCGUGUUCGUCAGAAAGCAGUCCGAAAUCUAGAUCGGUGAAUUCAUGGAGUUCGUUUUUUAAAGAUUUAAUUUCAUUCGUGGCUGUUAAAGAAGAAACGCCCGAUGAAUCUAAACCCGAAAUUUGUGAAUCGGAAUUUUCGUUUUCCAAGGUCUUCAGAUGCUGCUCGAUAGAUCUGCUCGAAUUCCAAGCUACAUCUUCGUUUUCUACUUACCCGUUCAACGUAUUCGUAUCGAAGAAGCAUUUUCAACACGAACGAAUCAAGAAUCGAGGAAUACAGUUGUGCAGGUUGAAGCAAAUUACUUCUGGUUCUUCGAAGUCAUUAAAAGACGAUAAAUCCGACCAAACGGAAGACAUCACUUCUUUCGCGACGCAGGAAAUCUACGUUCAUCUUCAUAUUUUGGAAGAUAUGUCUACGUUCCAACCCACCGUUCAUUUUCGAAGCGCAAACUGUUACCCUACUAUUUUCGUUUCGGACACUAUCAGAGAUAACUUCGGUUUAAAAAGAAAUAGCAAAGUUAAAUUAGAUGUCGUGAAGAAAUCCGUAUCCUGUAAUGUUACGGAAAUCAAUUUUUCUUCAUCUCAUGAAAUGAAAACUACUGUCGAUGAUAUUCGUAGUUUUUACAACGCUUAUACUCAAGUCUAUGAUGAAGUUAUAAUUAAUAAUUACUGCUCGAUGAAUAUUUGCGGCGAAGUUUUGUACUUCAGUUUUAAUCCUCUGAAUAUCCCUUACGUCGAGAUGUCUUAUGACGACGUUCAGAAGUGUAAUUUUGUAUCGGUUGAACGAAAAAUUGAAACCAAUGUGAACGCUGUUGAAGAGAAACCGUUUAGUUUGGACUUGCUGAAUUUUAGUUUUUAUAAAGAUGUUAUUCAAGAACUUCACUCGACCGUAUUGUUGGAACUUGGAUUUUUGAGAAAUUUAAAAAAUGAAAGUUCGGUCGUGAAUUCUAAUCACGUCAUUGUCGAAGGUGAUAGCGGUUCUGGUAAAACUAGUCUUGUAAAGUUACUUGGUGAUGAAUUAGCUCAAUCGAAUUACGGAGUCUUUGUCAAAAUCGUAGAGUGCAAGUCCUUGAAAGGAAAAUUAGUUGCCAAAUUGAAGACCAUUUUCGAGUCAAUUUUCAGAGAAUGUGUGCAUUUCCAGCCUUCGGUGAUUAUUUUUGAUGAUCUUGAUGUUAUGUUCGUUACGUCCAAGCAGAGUGAUCAGCAGCAUAACGAAAAAUCCGUAUCUUCGUACACGAACAGAUUAUCGACGAUGCUUAGUGAUCUCAUCCGUUCCUACGUUUCGCAUCAAAUUACUGUGAUGGCCACUGCUACGAAUAUUUCAUCGUUCGAAUCCAGUUUGUAUAGUGCGCGAGGAGCACCGAUAUUUUCUAUCAAGAAACGGUUACCAGCUUUAGAUCAGAACGCACGACGUGAAUCUUUGCUCCAGUUUCUAACCGAGAAGUAUCAUAUCUCGAUUAAUACUUUGAAAUCCGAGUAUUUGGACGAUGUUGUUCAGCGGUUAGAAGGAUACUGUAUACAGGAUAUUUCCGAUCUAGUCGACAGAAUUUAUUUCGAAGCUAUUAAACGUCAAGUAAAGAUAUGUCCAAAAAUCGAUCAAAUUUCGGUCAACGAACAAGAUGUUGACACAGCCGUCUCCGAAAUCGUUCCCGUUUCACUGAAAGGUGUUGAUUUUCAUAAGAAUUCGUCUAUCACGUGGAAAAAUGUCGGUGGACUUGAUACUGCUAAGCAGUUGUUGACUGAAAUAUUAAUAUGGCCGUCAAAAUACCCUAAAGUAUUCAAGCAAUGCCCUUUGAAAAUGCCGUCCGGUGUAUUAUUAUACGGAGCACCUGGAUCCGGUAAAACGUUAUUGGCUGGUGCUGUCGCAGGUGAAUCUUCAUUGAAUUUUAUUUCGAUAAAGGGUCCAGAAUUGUUAUCGAAAUAUGUCGGUGAAAGCGAAGAAGGUGUUAGGAAUACUUUUCGAAGAGCUCAAAAUGCUAAACCGUGUAUACUUUUCUUCGACGAAUUUGAAAGUUUAGCUCCCAGGCGAGGAAACGAUAUCACCGGCGUAACCGAUCGUGUUGUUAAUCAACUGCUAACCGAAUUAGACGGCGUUGAAAGUGUAUCCGGAGUAUGGGUUCUUGCUGCUACCUCGAGACCUGAUCUAAUUGAUCCUGCUUUAUUGAGACCCGGUAGAUUAGGGUCUAUGGUGUAUUGUCCUCUGCCUAAUCAAGACGAGAGGUUAUCGAUUUUAAAAGUGAUUUGUUCCUCUACCGAGAUUCUUGAAGAUGUUGAUCUUCACCUUAUUGCUCAAGUUACCGAAGGGUUCACCGGCGCCGAUCUACAAGCGGUUUUUUAUACCGCUCAUAUGAAGAAUUGCCGAGUGGACCUGAUUUCCGCAGAAACUGAUCUGGAAAUGUCGGAAGAGAAUGAUACGAAACUUCGUAUGGAAUCUUUGAUCGAAGCUGUGAAAGAAACGAAACCAUCGUUGAAAAUGGAAGAAAGGCUGAAUUACGAGAGAAUAUACCAAAGAUUUUCUCAUAAUGAUGAGAACAUGAGCCUCGAGCUGGAAAAGCAACGCCUGACAUACGCAUAAAAAACCUCAUACGUAGAGGUAUUUACGUAAAUUAGGUAUGGAAGUGAAAAAAAGAUUUUACUCAGGUUUUACAAUGGUCUGGAUCAUGGAGUUACAGGUAUUAGGGUAAUUUUUUUCUGUAUCAGAAGAAAAAUAAACUUUUUUUUUGUUUUGUUA